CCUGGAUUUCAUUGGCCAAUAAAAAACCGCUGAAUAUGUACUUUGACUAGAACAAACUGCAAUUGAACACACUUCUUUCCUGCAUCUUUCACUUCUAGUGAGAUUCUCUAAGCCACAAGACACAGCUGCCCAGAACCUAUUUCAUAACUACCACAGCCGCUUAAGAACCUGCAUCAAAAAUGCAAGCUGCAUCUUCUCCAGUGGUCAUUGUAACUCAGCCUGGAGUCGGAAGCGGUCCAGCACCUCAAAACUCCAACUGGCAGACGGGCUUGUGUGAUUGUUUCAGCGACUGCGGUGUCUGUCUCUGCGGCACAUUUUGCUUCACGUGCCUUGCGUGUCAAGUUGCAUCUGAUAUGAAUGAAUGCUGUCUGUGCGGAACAAGUGUCGCAAUGAGGACCCUCUACAGGACUCGAUACGGCAUUCCGGGAUCCAUUUGUGAUGACUACAUGGUGACCCAUUGCUGUACUCUGUGCUCUCUUUGCCAAAUCAAGAGAGACAUCAACAGAAGGAGAGCCAAUCGCACUUUCUAAAAAAAGAAUCAAUGUUUGUUUUCCUAACAGGAGAUUUUGGUCCAGAGCAAUUCAGCUCUCUUUCAUCUAAGAAGUUUAAGAGAGAGAGACAAAGACUACAGACAACUAUUCUAAGAAAGUGGUCCCCAACCUUGUUGAACCAGGGACUGGUUCCAUGGAAGACAAUUUUGCCAUGAAAGAGGGCGGGGGACAGGGGUGGGGUGGGGUGGGGUGGGUGGAGGAGAGAGAGGGAAGGAUGAUUCGAGCGCGUUACAUGUAUUGUGCACUUUAUUUCUAUUAUUAUUACAUCAGCUCCACCUCAGAUCAUCAGGCAUUACAUUCUGGAGGCUGGGGACCCCUGUUCUAAGACACUUACAGAACAUUUAACCAACGCUUUCCCUCCUUUUCGUGUUACCUACAAGCAUUAUUCGGAGAAGGCAAUGGCACCCCACUCCAGUACUCUUGCCUGGAAAAUCCCGUGGACGGAGGGCCUGGUGGGCUGUAGUCUGACAAAGCAACAGUGCACUAGGCUCUGCUUCCCAACCGCAGACUUGAUGGUUUCAUUGUUGUGUCAUUAACUUUAUCUUUUGCAUAUGAGGUAUCAAAGCAUAUAAUAAAAAUUCAAUUGUCAAAUUCA